AUGAGAUUUGGGGGCACUCGUCGUGAUUAUGUCGUGAUCGACAGGCUUCCGUGCCGAGCAGCAUUCGACGGCUCAAACAAAUCCUCUAUUUUCAACGUCCGACCUCUCAACACGAUGGCAAAAGGCAUGAAGUUUGCCGUGCUCGUGGCCCUUGGGGUUUGCAAGGCGGAGUCCGACGUGAGCAAGGCAUUCGAAGACUUCAUCGCGAAGUUCGAGAAGAGCUACGCCACGAAGGAGGAGCGCCAGAAGCGUUUCGAGAUCUUCACCGAGAACAUGGGACACAUCGAGAAGCACAACGCAGCGGGGCACAACUACCAGUUGGGAGUCACUGCCUUCGCAGACCUGAAGCCUGAUGAGUUUGCCUUCGACCAUGUGGGGUGCAUGAUCAAGUCUGAGAAGCCUUGGUCGGGCUUGCCCUACUUGGGACGCGAGGAGUACAAUUCGAACACCACCGCCUUGCCCAAGUCCUUGGAUUGGACGAAGAAAGGUGCCGUGACCGACCCGAAGAAUCAGGGCAAAUGUGGAUCGUGUUGGAGCUUUUCCACGAGCGGUGCAUUGGAGGGCGCAUGGAAGAUCGCGACCGGCAAAUUGAUCUCCUUGAGUGAGCAGCAGCUCGUGGAUUGCGCUAAGAAUGGAAAUAUGGGCUGCCAGGGCGGUUCCAUGGACUUGGCCUUUUCCUACCUCGAGAAGCACAACGUUUGCACAGAGGACAGCUAUCCCUACUUGGCCAAGCAAGGCACCUGCCACCAGACGAAAUGCACCGUCGGAGUGCCCAAGGGCUCCAUCGUGGGUUUCAAGGACGUCUCUUCCAAGGACAUGAAUGCUUUGAUGCAGGCCGUGUCCAAGCAGCCCGUCUCCGUGGCCAUUGAGGCGGAUCAGAUGGCCUUCCAGCUCUACAAGGGUGGCAUUCUCUCGAAGAAAUGCGGCAACAAGCUGGAUCAUGGGGUGCUCUUGGUUGGCUACGGCACUGAGAACGGGGUGGACUACUGGAAGGUCAAGAACAGCUGGGGUGCCAGCUGGGGCGAGAACGGCUACAUCCGCUUGGAGCGUGGUGUGCCGGGUGACGGCGAGUGUGGCAUCAAGGACCAGCCCUCCUACCCCUUGGUGAAGGCCAAGACGGAGACGGAGCUCGUUGUUUGA